AAAUGCUCACAUAUUUUACUUGGUUGUCUUAAAGGAAUUUUAAGAAGGAAUGGUUUGGAAUUAGUAGGAAGCCUUGUAACAACAGCAAGAAUAGUUACAGCCACUUAAAUGAUAGGCUACCCAGCAUACUAAUAUUAAAGGAAUGGAUUCAUAAAGUGUAUUGCAGUGGUGGCGAACCUAUGGCACGCAUGCCAGAGUGGGCACUCUGAGCCCUCUCUGUUGGCAUGUGCGCCAUCGCCCCAGCAGUGCCUUUUUUUCUUUUCUUGGUAGGCAAAAUUGACCCCCCCCCAUCACCGCGGAUGGGAAACGUUCCAUAGAGCGAGCCAUGCUGCAUUGGGGUGACUAGCUAGCCUGCCAAGCAGCUGAUUUGCUGGUGCUCCUCAACAACUCAGGUUAAACAACUCAAGUCGAACCAAUCCCCAGCCACGCCACCGUUGCCCAGGUGCUGAUGCAGCGUCCCAGACUGUGAGGAGGGCUUGUGCUCCGUGGCCCUGGGACUCCUGCUACUUGCAGCCACGCGGCCCAACAGUGACUGGCAGGCGCAAAGACCCAGGUAAAGCCUGCAAGCCCGCCAAUGCAGCUGCACGAGCAGGUGGGAGAGAGAGAGCAAAGAGCCUGCCACCUGUCCGCUUCCUCCUGCUGCUUGGCUGCUCCUCUUGACACCGUGCCGCCACCUUACAAGCACACAAUGACGCGGUAUCCAUCCCCAUGUACGAGCCCACCCAGUAACUGCUUGCGUCUGACUGGCCUCGCGAGGUGUGCAGAGUUUUUCGGGCGGCUAAAUUACCACAGGUUUUACUCUUUGCCUGCUCUUUCCUGAUGUUCGUUCCUAGCCCUGUGUGGGGCUUGCUGAAAUGUGCUGCGCUGAUGGGGUGGGUCUCUCGCUACGUUGCUCCGCCCCGUGCAAGAGCAAAAGUCAGGCUUUGCGCUCUGUGUGUGUGUUUUCUAAGUAUGGGAGGUCUCGCUGCCUCAGUUUGCAUCAGAGUUAGGAACCACUAGGAAGAUUUGGGGUUACCAAAAAGGAGUGCUUCUGAGCGUGUGCAGAUUGCAUUUCCAGACCCUCCAAGUGUCCUUACUUUCCAGGAACAUCCCUAAUUUAGAGAAGCCGUCCCUGUCUCUGAUUUGACCCUGUUGGAUCAAAUGAGUGAAAUGUUUCAAUCUCUUUCCAAAAAUAGCUCAACAACUAUGGUCAAACCUCUCCCUCCCCCCAAAAAGCCCAUUUUUUUCGUGUUGGCACUUUGCGAUAAACAAGUGGGUUUAGGGUUGCAGUUUGGGCACUCAGUCUUGAAAAGGUUCGUCACCACUGGUGUAGUGUAUAGCCUCAAUGAUAAAGUUGACAAAACAUACCGUACUCAUUUGCAGGAAGGUAGAUUAAAGCAGCAUAUCUUUGAUACCUUUGGUCAGCGCAAGUAUUUUAGCUUGUCAGACAGAGCAAUCCUCCUUUUCCUUCCCUUUGCACUGUUUCGGGAGUUCUCCUUCCCCUCAAGCCAAUUUUGGGAGGCAGGGUGCCCUGUUUCACAAGUGAAGUUUUUGCUGACAGGACUCAUUAGUGGAAUCCCAACCACCAGGCUCCACACCCUGGUUUAGGAGGUUAAGGGUGGUUCCACUCUGUUUGUUCAUAAAAUCAACAUGAUGAUGUGUUAAGAAUACAGGUGUCACACCUCAAGCAAUAAGUCACCUAUUUCCUGUGUCACUUAUCCCUUUUGGGGGGGGGAUGUCGAGCUGUUCUAGGUUUGUAUACCUAAACUGAGAUACCCUGUGCCAAAACUGUACUUUGGAAAAUGGAACAUAUCAAUAGAUCUGUGAAUCUGUCUUCUCUUGAGUUAGCAUACGUUUAGCAAUUUUUUACUGCAUUAAUUUUUGCCAAGCCUGUUGGUUGAAAUUCUAAGAAGCUGCUGAUGCUUUUAUGUAAAUACAAAAAGCAAGGCUUUUCUUACAGAGAACUGACAUUUUUUAUCUUUCCUUUCAUUCAAGUAACUCCGGCUCAUACAUGGGUUUAUCCCAUUUUGUCCUCUCAACAACUUUGUAAGUUAUCCUAGUCUUACAGAAUAUCAGUGCCCAAGGAAUGUCGCAGUUCAGGUGAAAAUGCAGGAAGCGGAUUUAGUUGCAAAAAUGCUCCGAGCUGUUCUACAAUCCCAUAAACAUGGAGUACCGUUUUCCCGUUUGCAAGCAGAAUAUAAAUCAUUAACUGGAGACUGGAUUCCCUUUAAGCAGCUGGGACAUUCUAAUUUAGAAGGAUAUAUAAAAAGCAUCCCUGGAGUUGUUAGGGUUGAAAUUAGUAAAGCUGGUGAGGUGACUUGUCGUGCAGUCAUUUGCCAGGAGACUGCACAGAUUGCUCAGCUUGUUGCCUGCCAGAGAACUUCCCAAAAGAAAACGGGUCGGCAAGUAAACUGCAGCAUGAGGCUGAAAAGAACAGCUCUAUUUGCCUCGGUUGGCAAGCCAAAGGAUACUCUGAGGAAGCCAGGAUUCAUGCAUUUCACAGAUGAAAGCAGGAGACCUGCACUCCCACAGCUGAGAAGCAAAGGAAGCUGUGCUGUUGUUAGACAUAACAUGAGCACUGCAUCAUAUCCUGUGCCUCUAGAAUUUGGGACCCCUCUGCCGAAAGAAGUUUUAAAUCAAGGACACAUGACUGUGACAAACAGGUUUGAUAGAAGAGCAACACUUCCACCACGAUUUCAGAAGGAGCUUCCAGGUCACCUGUCAAAAAAUGUACCUGUGGACUCCAAUGAAAAAGCAAAAGAAACGAAACAACUCGUGCCACUUCAGCCUCCUUAUCCUUCAAAUACUGAUAUAUGUGAGAUUCAGAGAAGAAUUAAAGAGAUUCUAAAUCGAUGCAGCAAUGGAAUAUGUUUAUCAAAUUUACCGCAUGUGUACAGAGAGGCUUAUCGGGAGGACUUAAAUACAGCCUUGCUCCCUCAGUUUGAAAACUGGCCUCACGUUUGUGUGACAGAGAAGGUAUCUUCUGGUGGCCUUAGGGAUAUAUUCCUCUACCCUGCUGCAAAAACACAGCCUUUGGUGAAGGGUGUCUCAAGCCAAGAUGGAAGCCUUCAGCCCCCCUUAGUAAGACAGACUGUAGAGACCAAAGCAGAUGCGCCCCAGGAGGAUUUCAAGGAGAAAAUUGCCGCCAUUUUGUUAAAAUAUUCCAAUGGCCUUUGGGCGAAUGCUCUCCCCAAAGUGUAUGAAGACACAUACAAAGCACCAAUGCCUCAGGAUAUUCUGAAAAGUCUUGACACCCUCGCGGAUAUAUGUUCAGUCGAUUACAUAUCUGGCAACCCCCAAAAGGCCAUUCUCUAUGCAAAGUCGAAAAAGGACACUGACGAGAACCAGAACGUGACUGACAAAACCCAUGCAAAUGAAGUUCCAGCGAGACCAGCCGAGCAGCAUCCCACCAUGAUCAAGGAUGAAUCCCAAGAGGAGUAUUCGGAGAACAUGACCGUGCCUCCCUUAAUUAUCCCAGCAGAAACGUCACCAUCUGUGCUGGUGGUGGAACUGAGCUCGACAAAUGAAGUUGUUGUCAGGUAUGUGGGCAAAGACUAUUCUGCUGCCCAGGAAUUAAUGGAAGAGCAGAUGAAGGAUUGGUAUGGUCGGAACCCCUCAGGUUUGCAGAUACAGUCGCCUAAAGUUGGCCAGGUUGUUGCUGUGCCUGCAGUAGAAGAUGCUUGGCUGCGUGCACAGAUUAUUUCGACAGAAGGCAAUAGGAUAAAGGUAUGCUACGUUGAUUAUGGCUUUAGUGAAACCAUUGAGAGUACCAGAGUGUGCAAACUAGCCAAGCAAUUCUAUUCACUGCCGUUCCAGGCUUCAAAAUGCAAACUAGCAGGGUUAGAAGCCUUCUCGGACGACCCUGUCAUGGUGAAAGUGGUGGACUCUCAAACCUGUGGCAAGAUAUUUGCUGUUGAAAUACUAGAGAAAAAUGACAUUCCCCUUGUCAUCCUGUACGAUACUUCAGGAGAGGAUGACAUCAACAUCAACGCUUCUUGCCUGAAGGCGCUUUGUGAUAAAUCUCUUGAGCUUCGCCUUCAGGUAGAUGUACUCUAUACAAAUGUCCGAGUAACCAAUGUCUGUUCGGAUGGAACUUUAUACUGUCAGGUGCCAUCAAAGGGCCUGACCAAACUCUCUGAAGCUUUGCAGAAGCUGGAAAAUUACUUCCACCACAAGCAGGUAACAGAGCAUUCGGUAUCGCUCCCUUACUGUGGCAAGAUCUGUCUGCUUAACUGUAAAGGAAAGUGGGCACGUGUGGAGAUAACCAGUGUUCAUAGUAGCCGGGCUCUUGACGUACAGUUUAUGGAUACUGGAACAGUAUCAUCUGUAAAAGUAGUAGAGCUGAGAGAGAUUCCCCCGACGUUUCUGCGUGAAGUCAUUGCAAUACCACCUCAGGCAACAAAAUGCUGCUUGGCUGACCUUCCUCUUAAUAUUGGCAUGUGGACUCCAGAUGCUGUGCUUUGGCUGAGAGACACAGUAUUAAAUUGUCCUGACUGCAGCAUUAAGGUGGUUAAACUGGAUGACAGAAUUGCACACGUCUAUUUAUUUACGCCAAAGAGCUUUCCAGACCCAGACCGUAGUAUUAACAGGCGGAUCACUAACGCAGACUUGUGGAAGCAUCAGAAGGACGUCUUCUUGAGUGCCUUUCCCAGUAGCUCCCUCCCUGCAAAGGGGGAAUCGAACUUACCAGAGACGGCAAGCUCAGGUGCCAAGAAGGGUUUUGCUCCACGUGCUCCAGAGGCCAGCAGUGCUGGGGCAGCCUUGACUAUGCCUCCACCUUUGGCAUUACCUAAACCCCAGGAGCAGAUGGAUGUGUUCGUCUCCUUGGCCUGUCAUCCUGGUUACUUUGUCCUCCAGCCUUGGCAAGAGAUGCACAACCUGGAAGUACUGAUGGAAGAGAUGCUUUUAUACUACGGCAAAGCGGACGAGGGAACUACCGCUGUUGAAAAAAACAAACUCUAUGCUGCUAAAGUGAAAAACGUGUGGCACAGAGUGCUAAUAAGAGGAAUGUUGGCCAAUGGGCUGGUGUCCGUUUAUGAGCUGGACUAUGGUAAACAUGAGCUUGUCGGCAUCCAGAAUGUAAAGCCUCUGCCGGAUAUGUUCAGAAAACUGCCAUUUCAGGCCAUAACAGCCCAGCUUGCAGGAACAGAGGGCCGGCAGUGGUCUGAGGAGGCCUCAGUAGUCUUCCGAAAUCAUGUUGAGAAGAAAGCUUUGGUGGCGCAGGUGCUAGCAGUUAUCGAUGGGGCUAAUCCAUGGGAGCGCAAAGCUGUCGUCUACUUAGUUGACACAUCACAACCGGACACAGAUAUCUGGAUUCAUGAUAUUAUGACCCAAUAUUAUAUGGAGAUUUCAAAGGCAAACUAAUGCUUCAACAAAACAAAACAAAACAAAACAAAACCUUCAUUAAUACCAGCAAUAAGAAUGUUAACAUAGCUGUGACCAUUUGUGGUUUUGCUUCGGAUUUUUUGCACUGUUGAAUGCUAGAAUGUUAACUGUAUAAAUAAAUUUCUGUUAACUUAUUCUAUCGGAACAAUUUCCUUCUAGGAGCUAAGUCUAAAGGUAACAACUUUUCAUCAGCUCGCUAGGUGGCAGCCCCCGAGACAACUUUAUCUGCUUUGUGGCCAACCUAUUAUAAUGGCAUCUCCCAUUUAAAAGAUCUAAGAGCGGAUCUGAGGAGAAACCCUGGAAGUGCUGCUGACAGUCAGUGUAGACUGCAUAAAUUAGAUUAACCAGUGGUCUUAAUUCCUUAUGAGACACAUUCAUAUGAUCAAGGCUGUGCCUGAGGAUGUGAUCUUGAUUAUGGAAACCAUACAGUAAAAUGCCAUCAACCUUUAAAAUUGGGUUUGAACAUUCCCGACUCUAGAAUAGUGGCCCUUGAAAAUGAUAGACUGGGACAAGGGAUGACCAGUCUCCAUCUACAUUGAUUAUAAGCCAUCCACACUACUGCUUUCUCUCCAUAUAUUUUGCUCUUCCCCAUCCCAAUUAAUAAGCCUGGUUCAGCCCAAUAGUAGUUACAGAAAGUAUGCAGAAACAACAUCCUUUCUGAACUUUUUUAGAAAGCCCAUUUGUAUAACCUGAAUGCAGUAGCCUCUGUGGCUCCUGGUAACUAUCUACAUCUCACACAGUUAAGGUGGAUUGCAUGGUUACCAGGCUAUUGAUGUAUAUUUCAUUACUUGAAAAUCAGGCUCCUGGAAUGGCUUACAUAUAUCCAUAACAGGACAGCCCCUACCCUCAGACGUACAUUCUAAGAAACAAAUGAAUGGAAAAGUGAUUCAGGAGGAGGAGGAGACAACCAAACUCUGGCACUAUUUAGUUUGUUGCAGAGUUCUUGCAAUGACCAGCUGGAAUGGGAAAAAAAUUCAAAAGUUGCUGGUCUUUCAUCAGAGCUGAUGGAGAGGCCUUGUAAUCGCAUCUCUCCCUCUUUGCAGGUUAACAGAAUGACUGCUGAGGAAGGAGCCCAGUGGAGCUGGGAAUGUAAUGUACUGUAUAAAAUAUAUAAAUACAUUUUGGAGCUGUAGAGCAGGGAAAGGGAACCUGGCCCAGUAUUGGGAGGAGAAGCUGUUCAUUAAAACUCUCCCCAACUUGGUUUCAUGGAAUCAUUUUGCUAAUGUUUACUUGAGUAAGGCCCAUGUAACUCAAUGGGGCUUAAUUCUGAUUGGACAUACCGUACAUAGAACUGCACUGUUUAAUUUUGGUUCCUUUCUUCCCACGGCCGCCUUUUUAAAACCUUUGGGUCUCGUUUUGAAUAAAGCACCUUGGGUUUUGCAAGACAUUAUUUGGUGUGUGUGUGUGUGUUUUUCAUCCAACCUUUCCCCUCUCAUUUCUCCCUAAAUAUAGAAUUGCAUGGAAGAACACACUGAGGUUGGUGUUGUUUUUUAUAGCAAGCCUGAUUCAAUCAUUGCCCUUUCUUUGGAGCGGUAUUUAUACCUACACCUCUUGAACAAAACGAGCUGUUCAAGGAACAUCCUGCCACACUCUGCAGAAGGGUUUCUGCUAUAUAUUCAGCUGUGGCCCCCAGUAGAAUGGCAGGUGCCAAAAGAAGCCGUUUUGAAUUUGUGAAAUCCAAGAAGCACCCCAGAACAGGAAUUUCAGGGGAUGAGAAGCAUUAGUGGCAGCUAUGAUUCUCCCCCUUCUCAAAGAAUUUUGCCUUGCUCUGAAAUGCACUCAAAUCAAAACAAGGCAAGUCAGUAUCAAACUGGGGCAAAGUGCCCUGAUCAGUUUGGGACAGCUGCUGCUGCUUCUACAUGCUACUGUUUCUCAUGGUAAAAUACCUGAGUGAAAUUUAUUGGCAGCCUAACCAGGAUUAUUUUGUAAGCAGGUAUCCAGCACUGUGUUGUGUGCAUCUGCCCUGGAAACC